ACGGGGGGCGUGGCUCGGCGCGGUUGUUGCCAAGAUGGCGGCGCUAGCGGAGGAGCGGGGCUACGCGCUGUCUUGUGGGCGGCUCGGGCGCGGCGUUCGCCUCUCCGUCUUCCACGUCAAGCUCACCGAGUCGGCCCUCAGGGCCUUCGAGGCCUACCAGGGCGGAGAGAGGGCCGGGAAGGACUCUGCGGCCUCGAAGCCUUCGAUUCAGUUUCAAGGAAGCCAAGGGCGUAUCUCAAUACCCCGGUCGGACGGCUCAAAGGGGGUCCGGACGUUCUCAUUUUACCUCUCCCACAUUGGCAAGGACAGCCCUCAGGGCAGCUUUGAUUGCAUCCAGCAAUACGUCUCCAGCAGUGGCAACAUUCAGCUGGACUGCUUGGGCAGCAUCCAGGACAAGAUCACCGUCUGCGCCACGGACGACUCAUACCAGAAGGCCAAAGAGAGCAUGGCGCAGGUGGAGGAAGAGACCCGGAGCCGGGGGGCCAUUGUGAUCAAGCCGGGGGGACGCUACGUUGGCAAGACGGUCAAGGUGCGCAAGCCCGCCCCGGGGGCCUUGGACACCGUCCCAUCACGCGUCCGCCCGAUGCCAAUCAACCUGGCCAACACCAUGAGCAAGAAGGGCAACAACGCCGUUUCUCAGCGGCCCUUCAGGGACCGGGUGUUGCACCUGCUGGCCCUCAAGCCCUACCGGAAGCCUGAGCUGCUCCUGAGGCUGCAGAAGGACGGCCUCUCGCCACAGGAUAAGGAGUCUCUGGAGGCCCUCCUGGCACAGGUUGCCACCGUGAGUCCCAGGGACGGCUCCUGUACUCUGAAGGUUCAGCUGUACAAAGAGGUGCAGAAGGACUGGCCGGGCUAUUCGGAAGCAGACCAACAAAUCAUUUUGCGGAAACUCUGCCCUACACCAAAUUUGGCCUGUCCCCCGGAAAACACUGCUCCUAGUCCUCCCCGCGACGUUGACGUCUCCUCCUCCCCUCCUCAGAAGCGAGGCCAGCCCUCGGACUUCACCGACCCCUUGUCCACCAAGAGGCCCCGGAUCUCCCACUUUGCCCAAAGGACUCAGCCGACAUUCAAUGGCAAACUGAACUCAGCCCAAGGCAAGGAGGGCCCAUUACCUGUUGCAAGCACAUCGGAGUCGGUCCCCUCAGCCUCACUUUUGCCUGCUCUGGCCUUGGAGCUGCCCCACAACCCACUAGGCAGCCUCAGCAGUGACCUGACACACAACGGGAAGGAUUUAGAGGCCAACUCGGGCGAGAGGUUGUUGGCAGCCCCAGUGGUGACCGCAAGGGACUCUGCCCCGGCUGGGAAACACCACGGGAAAUCCCGGAAGAAGCCCAAGAAGCACAAGGAGCGGGAAAGGAGGGAGGAGAAGAAUCUGGCCAUGCUUCCUCAGCCAAACCCCCAAGAAAAGCCUGAAGGUGGAAUGGAAAAAGGGGACGAUGUGGUGGCUGAGGGUUCUGCUCCAGGCACUGCUGGCUUGAAUGGGACGUGCCACAGCUCUGCCUCAACAGGAUCGGAUUAUUAUGUCAAAUACACCCCCAUCACCACUGUGGAUCAACGCCAGAGCUACAAGAAUGACUUCAACGCAGAGUACAAUGAGUACCGUGACCUCCACGCACGCAUUGAGAGCAUCACGCACCACUUCAUGCAGCUGGAUGCACAGCUCAGGCAGCUUUCGCCGGGCACCGAGGAAUACAAGACGAUCCAUGACCAGAUCUUGCAGGAAUACCGGAAAAUCAAAAAAUCGAACCCUCUUUACUGCCAGGAGAAGAACCGCUGUGAGUACCUGCACUACAAGCUGGCCCACAUCAAGAAAAUGAUUACCGAGUAUGACGAGCAGCUCUUGGAGCCUUGACACCGAAAGGGAGAAGAAGAGGCGGGCCAGCAGGGUGUUGAGACAAAGUUUGGGGUGCCUUUUGCCCUUUUUAAUGCGACACAACCAUAUCCCAAUAUUAAAACAGAAAGCACACCCAUGGAUGGCGGCUCGGCGUCAUUUCAGGGCAGUUCCCCUUCCCAAAGAUGCUGCUGCCUGUGAUGUUAAGUCCCCACUUAUUGUGAUGUUUGCUUUGAGAAAACCGCAGUCUUUUUCUCGUCCUACUAGUGUUGGAAAAUGGUUUCCGAUGGGGGUCUCAGACCCCUUUUGCGCCCGCUCUCCAUCUUCUCGUUGGGCUUUUGCUCUCCUCUUGGCCUCGCUGGGUUUUUGCUCUCAUGGUAUCUUUGCCGUUCUGUGGAAAAGUGUCACCAUCAUCAUCAUCAUAACCUCUUUCUUCCCAAAGUCGUUGCAAUCGAAGCAUAGCGGCUGGGGAUGGGUCUAUGUAGGGAGCCAAUCAGUUGUAGGGAUGCUCCGUGGGAGGGCACAACUCAAGAGGAAACAAUGACACAGAUAGGCUGAUGAGCUUUUGAUUAACUCAAAUUAAUCAAAUUCCGCGCAAAACAAAGUUGCAGAGAUUAAAAGACAAAGGUGAUGAAAAAUGGCAUAACUAAUCAAGCUUGAUCCAUUUCCUUGGGGUUUUUCAGUGGAGCCCCAAAAUGAGACGGAAAACCAUUAUUAAGGCUCUUCUGCCAUUUUUAGCUCUUUUCACGCUUUCCUCAUUUCCCAUUUUAAAACCAUCGUGGGAAGUAAUUUAUCGAAAUGCGCACACAUAUGUGGAACCUGUGUCCCUUUGAUGACAAAUCUUAAAUGUGAGAUUGUUUUUUGGAGAUAUUUGAGUACAGUGUUGUUGUUUUCUUUUAAAGAGAUGAGCACAGAGAUGGGGGAGGGGGAAAAAAAACCUUCCUACGAUAUUUUUUGCAAACCAGAGUUGGAUACAAAGAUGUAAUGUGUAUAUUACACACUUGUGUACAUAUAAGAAAGAUAUAUAUAUGUAUGUAUAAAUAUAAAUAAAAAAUAUAUAUGUUCUGGAACGUUCUAGGAUUUCGAAUAGAUAUAUUUAAUCGGGAUGGAAGGCGGAGAAAUACUGUGACUUGCCGGCUUUUGCUUGCUUGGUUUUUGGAGGUUUUAAAAAUCAUUAAAAUAUGUCUUGAUGUCCUG